GCGGGGGCCAACCGGAAACCGCCGUACUCCUUCAGCUGCUUGAUCUUUAUGGCGAUCGAGGAUGCGCCGAACAAGCGGCUGCCUGUUAAAGACAUCUACGGCUGGAUCCUUGAGCAUUUCCCCUACUUUGCGAGCGCCCCCACGGGAUGGAAGAACUCGGUGCGUCACAAUUUGUCGCUAAACAAAUGCUUCAAGAAGGUGGAUAAAGACCGCAGUCAGAGCAUAGGAAAAGGAUCUCUAUGGUCGAUAGACCCAGAGUAUAGACACAAUCUGAUCCAAGCACUGAAGAAAACACCGUACCAUCCCUACUCAACAGGCCUGGCCGCCCCGUCCACUUCCCCGCCCACCCUGUCUCAGACAUUUCACCACAGUCCUCCAUUGUGGUCGGGGAGUCCCCUCUUCAGGAAGAAUGGCGGAGUCCUCCUCCAAGUUCCUCGUGGUGUGAUUCAAAACGGCGCCCGUGUCAGGAGCCAGGCACUCUUCCCUGUGAUAAGACCUGUUCCCGUCAGCCCAGUAGGGAGCAGAACUUCGGCCAUAAGAUCUUCCAUAGGAGAGUAUCUGAAACGAGGCCAGGACAGCCCUUCUUGCUACUCUCCUCCACCUUGCGGCGAGGACCUUCAGGAAGACCACAAUUACAGCACCGCCAAAUCCCCAAGCAGGCUGGGCUCCUCCCAGGCCACGGCCCCUUCGUCUCCGACGGACGACGACGACAUCAUCGCCGUGGAAAUCCAAUCCGACAUCAAACCCGAGCCCCGGGAGAUCCCGCUGGAUUCCCACGUCACCGCCACCGCCGCCGCCGCCGCGACCUACCUUUCCCAGCAACCCCUGCGCGGACAGAGACGUAGCUUGGGGGCGGGACCCGGGACACUGGCGGGAAGCAGCUUCACGUGGACCAAAAACCGAGCGAGGGGCAUUAGCGAUACGCUGCCGCUGAAGAAGCGGCGCGCGGUGGAGAAGCCGCCGGAGAGCGACGACGAGGAGAUGAAGGAGGCGGCGGGGUCGCUGCUCCACCUGGCCGGGGUCCGAGCCUGCCUCAACAACAUCACAAACCGCACCGCCAAGGGCCAGAAGGAGCAGAAAGAGGCCCUGAGAAACUAAAGGACACACGGUACAUCAUCGAGUGAACACGUUAGCACGCCGACACAGACACACUGUACAACACCCAAAUAGAUCAACAGGUAACAUGUUUUAGUCUCGACGGACGCGUCUCAUCUCCCUCUAUCUAUCUGCAGGGCAUUAGGUGAAUCCUACUUAUUUGUGGCAAUAUCAAAAAUCUAUGUUUUCCUACAUGUUCAGCAACACUAAUGGGUACUUCUCAUGUGUCUUUUGUUCUUUUUUUUUUUUUUUUUUUUUCAAAGGGGAUGAAAGCCAUAGUAAAGCAUUCAUUCGGACAAGUGGGCAAAAGUGAAUCCGUACAACGGCAGAAGAUGGCUGUUUGUCUUGCAUAUUUGUUUGUUCGCGUGCGUAACCUGUAGCAAUCUUGCAGUGAUGCCAGCAAAGGCGGCGGAGCCUACGAGACUCGGGCGAGGGGAGGGCGAAGGGGCCGGGGGGGGCGGAGCCCUUCCCUAGCAUCACUCUCCUUACAUCCACGAGCACAAAUGUGAGACUGUGCCAAAGAGAAGUGACCAGGUUGCUUCAUGUAGCCAAUAUGACAGCUGACAAAAAAAAAUAAACUUUAAAAAAAAAAAAAACGAGGAAAAAAAACA